CAGAGAUUCAGAGGCUGCGACUCAGACUCUUCAUCCUGGAGGCACUUUGGUCAGGAAUGGCACGGUUUUCUAGAGACAGAGUGCGUUGGGGACGGUCACAGUCAUGAGGACACCAGCCGAGGAUAGACAGCGACAGAGACAGAAAUAGGAAGAAGGAGGAGAUGAUUUCAUCUCCGUCCUCAGGGACAGAUCUCACAUCGACGAGACGCUGAGGCUUGCAACGGAGGAAAAGGCAGGAGACUAUGCAGCGGCUCUAGAGCGAUUGCGGAAGAUCUACCACACGUCCAUCCGGCCGAUGGAGCAAGCCUACAAGUACAACGAGCUGAGGCAGCACGAGAUCUCAGCCUACCCCGGACGAACCCUGGGGGACUCAUCCACAGAUGGAGAGAUUACCUCCAAGCCCAUGGUGCUUUUCCUGGGGCCCUGGAGUGUAGGAAAGUCCUCUAUGAUCAACUACCUCCUGGGCAUGAACGACAGCCCCUACCAGCUCUACACAGGAGCGGAGCCCACUACCUCUGAGUUCACUGUAAUUAUGCACGGAGAGAAGAUACGCUCCGUUGAGGGUAUCGUCAUGGCAGCAGACAGCUCCCGGUCCUUCUCUCCCUUGGAGAAAUUUGGCCAAACCUUCCUGGAAAAACUGAUCGGGAUUGAAAUGCCCCACAAGCUCCUGGAACGUGUGACUUUUGUGGACACACCAGGAAUCAUCGAGAACAGGAAACAGCAGGAGAGAGGCUAUCCCUUCAACGACGUUUGCCAGUGGUUCAUUGACCGCGCUGACCUGAUCUUCGUGGUGUUUGACCCCACCAAGCUGGACGUUGGCCUGGAGCUGGAGAUGCUCUUCCGGCAGUUAAAGGGUCGUGAAUCACAGAUCCGCAUCAUCCUCAACAAGGCCGACAACUUGGCUACCCAGGACUUAAUGAGAGUCUACGGAGCGCUCUUUUGGAGCUUGGCUCCCCUCAUCAAUGUGACCGAACCCCCUCGCGUCUACGUCAGCUCCUUCUGGCCAUAUGACUAUGCACCUGAUACCAGCCGAGAGCUCUUCAAGCGAGAAGAGAUCUCCCUCCUGGAAGACCUGAACCAGGUGAUUGAAAACCGCAUGGAGAACAAAAUUGCCUUCAUCCGCCAGCAUGGCAUCCGCGUUCGCAUCCACGGCCUGCUGGUCGACCGCUACGUCCAGACCUUUAAAGAGAAGAUGAGCUACUUCAGUGACCCUGAGCUAGUCUUCAAGGAGAUUGUGGACGACCCAGACAAGUUCUACAUUUUCAAAUCCAUCCUCGCCAAGACCAACGUCAGCAAGUUUGACCUGCCCAACCGCGACGCCUACCGUGACUUCUUUGGCGUCAACCCGAUCACCAACUUCAAGCCCUUGACGGCUCAAUGCUCCUACAUGGGGGGCUGUCUGCUGGAGAAGAUUGAGAGGGCAAUCACCAAUGAGCUGCCUGCCCUCCUUAGCAGCAUUAACUCUGGGAAGCAGCCGGGCCUGUCCUCCUGCGAGGCAACUGGCUGCGGUGAAAAGCCAAAGAAUCGCUACCGGAAGAACUGAGGAAACCAAAAUAACUUGAGUGGGGAAAGAAAGAAGAGAAGGGGCCUGGUGGAAGCCAACCCUGCUUCUGUCAGGGCGCCUGUAUUGUUGAGGAGACGGAGAAUAGCGUGUGUUUGUUUUUUUUCCUCAGGAGAAUAUGGGGAGGUGCAUUUAGGGACUAUGGGAAGGAGGCAGGUAGAGGGAGGGGAGGGUCAUUGUUUGAUGAGGCAGCUUAAGGACACAAGUGCUGAAGAAAUGAGAACAUACCACUGAUCACUGAAUUUUGAUGUGCUCCUGUCUCCCUUGCACAAUCACGUUGGACUGUCUGGGAUUUGGUGCUUGGGGAAGUAACUAUGUGAACAAAUGCUGAAAUUAAAAAAGUAAGAUCAAAUAAAAAAUUGAGAUGAGAUUGAAAACAGUAAAAAUACCAGCUCCCUUGUAUGUGAAUAAAACGGGAAAAAGUAGAAUCAGGACUUGUUCAUUUGUGCUAUGAAAUCUUGAGAAUUGCAUCGCAGAGAGUAAAUUCCAUGCCCCACAGAAGCAGAUUUUGAAGUAGCCUUUUUGUGGGUGCUGUACAAAGCCUUUGUGUUUGUCAUCCAAACGUUUGCUUUUGACAUAGAUUGACUUUAACAUUGCAUGUCAGAUUGAUUUAACAGAUACUUGCAUGCCCUGCUAAUAUAAAGUUUAAGUAAUAUUUCCUUGUGCAACUGAAACAUGAACCAACCCGCAGUGCAAAAAAUAAGGCCUGUUUUCCCUUUUGGUUUUUUUUGCUCACCUGUCCUGGUUGUUGUCAAUCGAUGAAAUGAGCACUGUGAUGGAAGCAGAGGUCAGGUUGAAGGGUCAGACUCUUCGGAGCGGGGUGGGUACAUUCAUUCUUCUUAACUGUUCUUACUGCUUCUGUCCUGGUCUAUAUGGCUGUUUUUGGCAGAAAUGUAAUACUAUGUUAUCAUGUUCAAACAAUAAGCUUUUUUUUUUUAGUUGAACGACCAUAAAAAAUACCACAUGAAGAAUGUGUUAGAUUAUAACUAUCUUUAGCCAUUUCUCCUGCUAUUUAGUGAUUUGUAUGUGAAAACUAUCAAUAUGGGCAUCGAUGCAGGCUGUGUGUUUGUACUGAACAUCGACCGCUAAGUUAAGCUUCCCCUGCAAGGUAAAGUGGAGGACUCACGUGUUGACCUCUAACCCCUGCGGAAUAAAGGAAUAACUGGAUACAGACUUUUACACAGUGAUACAUUUCGUAGCUGCCAAGUCAUAUGUAAGCCUACCUCAAUGAACUCCCCAGAGGGAGGGUUGAGUUGCUUAAAAUAGUUUGACAUUUUGGAGAGGCGUCACUAUUCCGACGCUGGGCUAUUUCUUGGGGAGUUACCGUGUGUGAAAGUUGUGCCAGUCUGCCAGAAUGUCAAACAAUCCCCAAUGGACGGAGAAGCGGUAGUCGUAGGUUUCCGAAAGGUUAACUGAUCAACUUCCGGUUCCCUUCUGCGUCCUCCCUCAACAAUACCAUCGUGAAAAGCGUUAAUCCAACUAAAAUUUGAAAUGCAGUGGAUUGAGAAGGAAAGUCGACUAACAAAUUGACACAAAGCUUAAUUUGCUCUGUUUAUUUGAGUGUGAGUGCUCCACUGGAUUUUAGUAUGUUUACACUGCAGAUCCUGAAGAUGACCACUAGAGAGUGCUGUGUAAAAGUGUAAAAAGUUACACACAACACUGUUCGCCAUCAUUGCAACCAUUUAAAGUGAUUGGGUGAUGCCGUUUGCUAAAUAUGUUGUGUGAUUAUGAUUUUGAUAUAUUUCAGCAUUAAUUCAGCAUUAAAUCUUAAUGAAUCUGUGAAUUAUAUCUGGAAUGGAAUUGUGUCAAGUAGUUGUGGAUUCAUUGGUAUAAUAUUUAAAACUAAUCUUGGUGCAACUUUGGAAGCGCAACCACAAAGAAUAAAGAUUUCUGAUUGA